AUGUCAGAGUACACAACAGAAGGAAAUAUUGCAAACUCAAGAAAAUCCUCCCAGCUUUUGUUCUUUGGUACCUUAACAGCAAACAACUUUGACAGCAAUGAAUCGCCAACGGAGUCAAUAGAAUGCAUAAGAUUCCAGCAGCGUGUUGUCUUAUCCGAAAUUAGGAUUGUACCAAACGAUUUUCGUCCAUUUAAGGGAAGCCGUAAAGAUCAUGCCGGUCAAACUUCGCCAAGUAAAUUCGAACUUCACCUUCUCAUUCAUAAGACACUUAUUUCGGAUCCAACCAAGCUUCUUGAAAAACGACCACCUACAUUACCUUUGCAUCCUUUGACAAUUUCUUUUGACGAAACAAAAGGAUAUUUGAGUUAUGAUCUGACCCUAUUUCCAGAAGCAACCACAAGAUUCAUAAUUCUGCGCGGGAAUUAUCACGCUGUAACAUUGUGCGUGUAUGGUAGAGUCGUGGAAACUAGAUCCUCUAUCUUAAAAAGUAAAGGACAAUACUCCAAUUUAUUGAAUAACGAAUCACAAACAAAUAAGGAAGAAAACGAGGAUAGUUCUAUCCAAAACGGAACUGAUUGUUUUCCUUUGAAACAACCCUUAUCAGAACCGCGAUCUCCAUCAAAACUAGUUAAUAAUCGCGCAAAAACAGUUAAUAACGAGAUUUCUGGUGAAAUUAAGACGAUCGCGCAAGAAAGUGAGAUUACUUCGACCGAUAAAAACACUAUAAAACCUGAAAAAUAUAAUCGUGAUAUGACAAUGGACGGUGUUCAGAAAGGACAAACCAUACCAUUUAUGGAAUCUACUUCUAGUGAUGUAAUUCUCGUAGAACAAAAAACACCUGAACAACAAACAGUUCCCAUGGAGAUGGAUGGAUUCUAUUCGGAUGAAGGAUCGAGAGACAUUUCAGAUGUUGAUCGUGUUGGGGUCUUAUUAAAGAAUGAACGCCCCGGUGCCUUCAAAAUUCUGAACCCGUUAAACUCGGGAAAUAAGGAUAUACUUGUGUAUCACAAUUCGCCGGACGAAUCCCUCUUAUCUCACUCGUUUUUUGAUCAUGAGUUUAACAAAGCCUGGGAGGACUUUUCCCAUCACUUAGAAGAUCUCAAACCUUUGUUAUCCACAAUAACGGACGAGAAUGUAAAAUAUAAUGGGAACGUUGAUGAACGUAGUGUUGUAAAUGUGAUGGCGGAACUACUUCAGCAGAUAACUGAUGUAGUCGUUGAAGGAUGUCUUUGGGCACGAUUCCGAGGUCUUGAGUAUAAUGAUAAACUAGAUAUAUUAGGAAAAUGUGUUCUAUUCGCGUUAGACAUUUCAUCGGGAAAGUCUUCUAUAAAAUUAUACGAAAAUGGCCUUGGGUUGUUCAGCAAACUGUGUGCAUGUGGUGAGAAUUUUCUAUGUUCUUCGGCGGUUCAAUCCUGCUUGAAGCUUGUGGUCCCUCUAUUAAAUGAACAACACGUGUCCUCGACCCUACAGUUACAAAUACUUCGAGCAUUAUUGAAAAGCAUGGAUGAAACAAAGGUGGUCGAAUGCCUUAUAGGGUGGUGUGAUCGAACUCAUAGUUAUGAUUCAUUAUAUAAAACUUAUAUCUUACCAAUGCUACAAGUCAAAAGGUUACCUAAUAGAAUCUUGCAUUUACUCCAAGCGAUCGUCCGUAAAGUUUCGGUGUACGAAGCAUGUACAUUAAUUCAACAGGUUGCAGAUAACGAAUUACAGAAUGAAACCAGAAAAAGAAAAAAGAAAUCAGACGAAACGACGCAUAACGGAAAUGUGCUUAAGAAUGAAAUUCCUAGUGAAAUUGCGCAGCAAGAUAUUAAUUUCAUGAUGUUGGAGGAUAAUAUACAGGAUCAAGAUGAUGCUGAACUAAUAAUUGAGCAAUUGAGUGAUUGUCUGCAGAUAAUAUCCAAGGCCGCCUUGUAUCACAUGGCAUUAGGCUCAAAUGAAGAUGUUAAUCAAGAUAAUUAUUCCAUAUUUUCAUUUCAAUAUCUUACAUUUUGUCGACUCUUUCCAGCAAUCACAAUCAUAUUAACGUCUCAGAAGUUGCGGAAUUGUUCCCGAUUUCACGAGUUUGUUAAUUCCCUUGGAAGGUUAUGUGUUGUUUUAUUGGGAGAGCAGGCGGGUAUGCUAUAUCUAGCCAAACAAUUGCAACAAUUGCGCGAUCCAUUUUGCGAUAGUUUAUUGGCCAUUUGGGCAAACCUUUUAUGUUAUCAAAGUGAUGUUACGGAUUCUCCAGAAGAAGCGGAAGAUACAGAUCAAACUUCCAUGCAGAUUAUUAAUGAAAGGUGGUCUGAUGUAAAUGAAAUAAGAAAAACCCCGGGUAUAGGUGAUAUCUGGUGUGGACUAGGCCAAUCCACAACGGGUGGGAAUUAUGAUGAGGAUUAUGACUAUAUUUGCGACAAUGAGGAUGACUGCUUUGUAAAAAACAACCACGAAGAGGAUUCUUAUCUGAAGAAAGCUCGACAAAUACUAAAAAUGAAGAGCUACGGAGCCAUGGGAUCAGAAUCGGACUGUCUGGACAAUUUUGCCAUUCCCUCCGAUCAAUUAGUUAUUCUACUAGUUUAUCAUGUAAACUCAAUAGCCAUUGUUGAAAAACUUUUAGAGAUAGGGCGUCAUGGAUCAGAAAAUCCAAACUACGAUCAUUACCAAAGGGUUAUCACAUUGUUAAGUGAUCUGUUCGAGAUGACUACAUUUAACGUGGGAAAACAGGCUGUGGUGUCGACACUUAUACAUCUUGAUGCUCUUCCAACCAUUAUAUCUUAUUUGAAUCUCAACCCUUCACAAGAAGGAGCGUCGCCUCCUGAUCCAAAUUCCAUCUCAAGUGCAAUUAGCCGAGUAUCGCUAGAAUUGCUGGAAGCAGUGGUUAAAUUUUUCCCGGCAUUUCCUUAUUUGUUAUCUUCCAACAUACAUGAACUGUUGCCUUCGUUUACUUCACAAGAAAAUAACUUACGUAUUUUAUGGGAUCCAAUUGUGGUCUUUCAUGAGACUGGAAACAUUCAAGGAGUGAUUGAUAUUAUAAAGCAUCAGAAGUAUUACCCUGAAUGCUUACGGGAUCACAGCGCAGUAAACCAGAUUUUGGUUGCACUGAGGUUGCUCUUAUCUUAUACGUAUUUGGAAGAUGGAAUUUUACAAAUAUUAAAGGCACGAAUGGAUGACUACAGUGGUUUGGACAAUGGUGAUAGUUUCUUCGUGUUCCUCUUGAGAUUAUUGAAUCAUGCAGCUGAAGUACUUUCGGACAUGAACGAUUUCGUGGUUUAUACCGACCACCAAACCACUUCCGACCUUACAUCCAACAUAGAUGAUAAUAAUCAUCUUGCGCAAGAUGAAUUCAGAAUUCAAGACGCGAUUAAGUUUUCCGGUAACUCGAUAGAAAUCAAUAAAAAUGAUCAUCCUCAAAACUCAACAUUUGCGUCAUCUUCGGGAGUUUUCCUGUCUUCUGAAAUUAUUGAUCUUCGAAAAGAAUUACUCGACUUGGUGUGGUUUAACUUAAUAUUAAUAAGAAGAUUUCUCAAAGUCGUUUAUGGUGAUCUAAACAGUAACGUUGCCAAACGUCAUUUUAAAAAUAUCUACGGAAAAGAAGAAUUUCCCGACGACCCACUUCCAUCUCAGAAAAAAUCUAUGACACGGAGUUGUAUCGAAUCCUGGUUGGCGAUUAUUGUUGCUUUAGAUCAUUUGGAUGGGAGGUUAAGCGAUCAACUCGGAGCCGUUGCACUGCUCGGAAAUGAUCAUCCGGUGAAAAGCGGACAGUCUGCGCAAAUCGCCAGAGUCCGUGCCCUGUUGCUAAAUAUGUUUGGUCUUUUAACCCAAGUAAUCAUCGAGGAAAAAGAUUCCACACGAAGUGAGCUCCAAUAUCGUUCCCGACUUUUCUCAAACUUUUCUGGGCGACACGUAGUAAAAUAUUUAAUCGAUUUCAUAUUUGAUGCACCCAACAAUUUCUUAAGUGGACUGCAUAUCCUUAGUGAAAUAUUGCCUACACCCCUUACUACGUAUCAUCGAUUGCAUGGAUCCAACGUUCAAAAGAAUGAUAGUUCGCCGAUUGGAAACGAUAAUUAUUUUGAUACUUGUGAACCGUCUACCAGCUUGAGCGACUCUCAUCCUGAAUCCCAAAUGCUGCGUGACUACUGGAUCAAUCAAUUGAUUCCUUUGAGAGAUGAUUUGAUGCAACUUGUUAAAUGCCUUUCACCUGCGAGUUCAAAAGUUAUACAUGUCAUGCUCAGAACGGUAAUUUGCCAACUCGUCGAUCUCGAUGUACAUGACCGAGGGAUAGGCAGAGGAAUGGCUAAAAUUCUCAUCAAUGGAGUUCAUGAAACUCUCGUGGAACUCCAACUUACCUUGGAUAAAGUUGACAACAGAAGGACGAAUAGCAGUAAUAGCGAUGAACCUGAAAAAAACAUGGAGUCAAUUGAUGAGAAUUCGGUCGAGUUCGGCGCUAAACUAUCAUUACUUGGUCGAUGGUUAAGUAUGUUGAUAUCAUUAGGAGGAAACUCUUUGGGUAGGGCUCUUUUACUUGACUCACUAUCUGGCACCAACGAAACGAUUCUACUGGCAGAGAAAAAAACAUCUGAUAUACAGCGUGGCCUUAUUCCUAUGUUAUUAAGCUUGAUUAACGCGAGCAGUGACUUGGGUUUUAUCUAUGAUUUGAUAGCAGAAUUCUUUUUUUCAAUUUGUAAUCACACCAUAAGUGUCCCGGGAUCGAAUAUGCCCGGAAUAGAGGAUCUUGGUCUCAUUAUAGAAACAUUGUUGAAUUGUGUGAAGCAAGGAAAAAAUGGGAGACUCCAAGUUCAAUCGUUACUUAUUCUACAGAAAAUAGCUGAAACAGAAAUAGGUGCUUUGAUUAUUCUGACAAAUCAAGAACAUUGCCAACUAAUUAGCAACAUGAUCACUUGGGUCCCCGAAAUCUUAAGCUCUUCGGACUUAGUAAUGCAAGAUUUAAAUAUUGCAUAUAACUCGAUUGUCUUUAUACUAAGGAUUAUUACAUAUGUACCCUGUGAUCACAAAAGUCAUGACGGCCCCGCUGAAGUUGAUAUAAAGGGACAUAAAUCUUUGUCCCUAUUGAUUAAUGCCCACGACAGCCCAGAAAUUCUCCUUAAGACUUAUGAAUCGGUUGGACAACAGGUUCUCGAAUUUUCAUAUGAACGUAACGAGAAUGACGAAAUUAUAUAUGACCUUAAUAUGUGCCGCUCCAUUGCAAAUGUUAUUCAAUCAUUCAUACAACAUUUAAAUUCAAAUAUCCUUAUGUCAAAUCGAUCGAAUGAUGUUACCAGUCAAGAAGAAAUUAAGCAAGAAUUUAAGAUGAGAUUGGAUAAGGUGCUCGAAAAUAGAAGCCUUGAUAUCCACCAGGAUUAUAGUGGGUCGAAAAGCAUGGGGUCAACUAUUGAUGACUAUCCAGAAAUUCCUUUCUACGAUGUGAUUGAUGACCCAGCAGGAAAGGAAGUUGAUGGCGGAUUAUUUAAUGAACCUAAUAUUGAGAUAGAUUUCGAAGUAUUUGCCAAGGAGAUGCUUCCUAAUUUCCAAUUUCAGAAAAAAAUGAAAAUGUCUGGUGACAACGCAACCAAAGGCAGAAAACUGAAGUCUCGUACUGUUAGCAAUCUUGGUGGUGUUGCUUAUGAAAGUAAUGCCCGUAGAAACCUAGGCGGUGGGAAAACGUAUCAAAAGAACGAAUUUCGCAGUAUCCAUAACAAUCGUAAGGCUAAUACCAGUCGUCCGCCAUCAGUUCACGUAGAUGAUUUUAUGUCCGGGAAAAUUCCCGUCAAUCAACAACACCCAGAUAUGUUAAAUACUUCAUCAUUGCCUACAACUAAUUCGACUCCAAAUAAACGUGGAGGGAUAACGACAGUUGUUGGUUCUCAAAUAACUGCAAGCAACCGUGGGGGGCGUGGUCGACGUUCAAGCACUAGUUCAGUUGUUACAUCGCGUGGCGCCUCCCGUGGAGCUAGUAGUAGUGGCCGAGGGGCAGGUGGAAUCGGAAGAGGUGGAAAUACAAAUACAAAUAUUAUGGGUGCUUGGGAAAUGGGAAAUAAUACUCCGUGGACUGGAGGUCCACCAUCACUUCCCGUGAUAAUAGCUCCACCAAUAUCUAAAUAUAUGGAAUUUGAUAGACAGCGAGAUUAUACUAGAUAUGAUGGUCAAACGAUGAGAACUGGGUAUUAUGAUAAUCAAUAUUACGGUAUGCCUUCCCCAAUAGCACCACCGUAUGAUCGUCCCCCCGUACAACAAUCCGCGCCUGGUGUGGGACCUCGAAUUAAGGGUGCAGGGGAUAAUAGAGGACGAACAGUUCCGCAAGAAUGGCCUCGCUCUAUGGUCUCACAACCUACACGAAGGCCAGAACGCCCAUUCGCAUUUACAGACCCUAAUCAGAGGGUUGCUGUUAUUUCUAAUCAAAUUGAAAAGGACAGUGCAACUGCAAUUGAGGAUCGCUCACAAGAUGGAGUGUCUAAAUGUAUAGCCACCCUAAAAUAUGCUGGAAUUAAAAUUUGGAUCUUGACAAAAGACAAAAUAGAAACAGGAUUAGCAUUGGUUUCUUUACCUGAGUCCCGGCGUAUCCUACGACUCACAAGAACAACCUUUAUCUACCCUACUACUCCAAGAACACCUUUGCUGCAACAAUAUUUAUCUUUUCCAAUUUCACCCAAAACACUUUCUUUAACACCACCAGAAGCCAUAUAUCAUCACAAAAAUUUUGAUGAUUCACCAGCACUAUAUUUAAAAACAAAGAAUUCUCGCCCAUUAAAUGAGCAAGAUUCUAUGGGAAGAGAAAUGGAUGAUACAUUAAAGUAUUAUUAUGAUAGUGAGACUGAAGAUAGCCCAAAUGACAUUGCCAAACCAGUAUACUCUGCUGAAGCAUUUCCUGUUAAAUCAAAUUAUGAUUAUGUUACAUGGGGUUCAGAUCAUCAAGUAUUCGUGUCAAAGAAAGAAAUAGAAGAUAUUUUUAUUGAUUUGGCCAAUAAAAUUGGUUUUCAAAAAGAGAGCAUGUGCAAUAUGUAUAAUCACCUCAUGUAUAUGUUAGACUCAAGAGCUUUGCGAAUGCCUUCAUCUCAGGCUUUGUUAACUCUUCAUGCUGAUUACAUUGGUGGAGAAAAUGCUAAUUAUCGGAAAUGGUAUUUUGCCACUCAUAUGGACAUGAAUGAUGAUUUGGCCAAUGCAAGAAGUAAAAAAUAUACUCCAGAUCUGAAAGAAGAUAAUCUCAAAGAAAAAUGGAAUCAAUGA